CUUUUUUCUUUAUUUUGAUUUGAUUUGAUUUGUUUUUUUUUUAUCUCUCUCUCGCUCUAUCUAUCUCUUUUAUAUAAAUAUAAAUACUUUACAUAUCUUAUUUUAUAGUAUGGCUAAUGGGAUUUUUAAUAUUUCUCCAGUUAAAUUUCUUUCAUCUAUUCAAGAUCAUGUAUUUACAGUGACGCCUUCUUUUAGAAAUAGAUUUUACAAUAAGAGCUUGUCAAAUAAUAAUGAAAAUGAUACUUUAAUACAGCAAUUCACUUUUAACGAAUUAAAUAAACAACAAGUUAUUCCAGAGGCUUCUUUAUUCUCACCUCCUCCUUCAACUACUCUUCCUAUUGAUAUUCCUCGUCGUACCUCUAUUAGAGACGAAGAUGGAUUAAUACCCUCAAAUUAUAAUCAUCAUGAAUUAUUUCCUGUAGCAUCAUCUUAUCCUCCUGCCGAAGAUUUAUCCUUAUGGUUUGAUGGAUUAGUAGUCAAUUCCCCUAUAUCAAGUUCAAAUCAUUCACCUCAUCGGCCUAUAUUUAAUAAUGAUGAUAAUCCCUUAGUGGGUAGUCCCCAAUCUCCUCUUCCUCCUCAUGAUUAUCCAUUCUUAUCAAACACUACUACUGUCAAUUCACCCGAGUUAUCUCAGCUUUUUAGUCCAGUCAUCUCUUCUCCUCAAUUUAUACUCGGUAGUCCUAAUAAUAAUGAUACUAGUUGUUAUUCGCCUUAUUUGCAUAGUCCAACAUCCCCCUCUCAUUUCUUGAAUAGCCCAACAUCCCCCUCUCAUUUCUUGAGUAGCCCAACAUCCCCCUCUCAUUUCUUGAAUAGUCCACCUAAUGGGUUUUUUCAACCAGACACUCAUACUUAUCUUUCACCUUCAUUACAGCCCUUAGUCUCUACAUCUUCACCUCCAUCAAAUCUUUAUUUAUUCCCACCUACUGUAUCACGUCCUUGUUCUCCUGUACCUGAUGAUGUGAUCUUGACUACAUCUGAAUUAAAUGAUUAUAUCCUAUCUACAUCUCCAAAUAACAAUCAAGACUUUUUAUCUCUUGCAGAACAAUUUACAGUCAUUGAUGAAAAGAGCUUAUUAACAGAACAAGAUGAUAUUCAUAACACAAUAAGCAGCAUGACAGUAAUGAAAACAGAUCAUCAUUGUACCACAAUAACGAAGACAGCGGCUUCAUCUUCUUCUACUACUACUACUACUACUACUACUACCACUAAAAAAAAGCCUCUUCUUUAUCCAAUCACAAAUAAUAAAAAGAAAAGGUCCACAUAUCAUAAAAAGAUUCAUUCUUGUCCUCAUUGUUCACAUACAAGUAAUAGAGCAAAUAACAUGAGAGAGCAUAUUCAAAUUCAUAAUCCAAAUCGACCUAAACCAUAUGCAUGUAAGUUAUGUAAUAGGCCAUUUGCUCGAAAACACGAUAUGAAUCGACAUUAUCUUUCAUGUAAGAAAUAUACAAACAAAUUAUUAAUAAAGCAACAUGGAUAAUAAUGGGAAUCAAUCAUUUAUAAAUUUGUAUAAAACUGUAUAUUUUAACAAACUUAUAAAUAUAUAAGGAAGCUGAAAAAAAAAAAUAGUUAGAGAUAUUCAUUGUCACCAUUUU